GUCAACCCACGUGUGGACAGUUUCCUGUUACGGGGGUGGCCUGAUCAACACGCUAAAUGUCCUGUUUUGAAGAGUUUCUCAGCUAUGGAUGAAUUACCUACGGACCUCAAAGCUUUUCUUCUUAAUCACCCGUUUCUUCAGCUUACAGAUGCUAAUAAGAUCAAAUGCACUCUGAACGGCCACGAGUUUCCUUGCAACCUGACGGAGCUACAGAAGUUCACAAAAGGGAAGAAAUAUGAGAAACUGAGUGCAGCAGCAGAGUUCAACUACAGCCAGUAUGAGCCACACAUCGUGCCAAGCACUAAGCAACCCAAUCAGCUCUUCUGCAAGCUGACCCUCAGACAUCUCAACCGGCAGCCGCACCAUGUCCUUAGACAUUUUAAUGGGAAACGUUUCAAGAAAGCCCUCUCUAAAUAUGAAGACUGUGUGAAACAGGGGAUUGAAUACGUUCCUGCCAGACUGAAACAGAAAAGGUCCAAAGACACCGGAGAGGAAGUCGGUCGGGGGAAGCCCUCGAAACGUGGAAACAACUUGUGGGAACCGUCGUCCAGUGAAGAGGAUCACAGUGACUCAGAAGACAGCAUGAGUGACCUCUAUCCUCCUUCUAUGUUUAGUUUAAAAAACCCAACAGAAGAAAGCAUGGAGGGUGAAAAGGAUGAAGAGGAAGAUGAUUUCCAAACAGAUGAGGACGAGGAGGAGGAGGAAAUGGACGUGGAGAAGCAGGCGGUGCAGAAACGCAAAAAGGUUCAAGGUGGCGGCUUUCAGAAGAAAUUCCGAAAUAACAACUGGAAAUCAGGGCGCAAGAAACAAGGAAAAGCGCGAAAUGGAAAAUAAAAUGCAAAGCCCUAUCUGUACAGUAUUUUUAUUCCUGCUUGUCUGUGAGGACACAUCCAGGAGUGUCACUUUGGUAUCUAAGAACUUUGAACAUCCAUCACCACGGAUGUUUCUGAUUUCUGACAAAGGCUUUCUAUUUUCCAUGUUGUCUUGUUGACAGUUCCAACGAAGCUGGUUUGCAUGACAUGCAAAAAAGGUUUGUGAAAGUUUACACAUCAUUUGGACAUGAUAAACUAUGAUGUCUGGUUUGCAGUCAAAUGCACUAGUGUAAAAUACAGCUCCAUUUGGAUUUGCAAA